UAUACGUGUAUUGACUGAAGUAUAUGUGUUGUCGUUGUUGUUGUUGUUGUUGUGUACGUGUGUUAUGAUUUGGAUUCAGUUUUAACAUUACUUUAGACAUCAUUGGUCUUAGCCAUGGAAUCAACUCUUUUAGAGCCGACCCUAUAUGUGGUGAAAGCGAUUGCCAUUUUGGAUAACGACGGCAACAGAAUUCUUGCAAAGUAUUACGACAAUACGUUUGGAUCAGUUAAGGAGCAGAAGGCAUUUGAGCGUAAUCUCUACAAUAAGACCCAUCGGGCCAACGCCGAGAUCAUUAUGUUGGACGGACUCACGUGUGUCUACCGAAGCUCUGUUGACCUAUUCUUCUAUGUUAUGGGAAGUUCUAAUGAAAAUGGGUUAAUAUUGGCAUCAGUUAUGAACUGUUUGUUUGAAUCGAUAUCUCAUAUACUGAAGAAAAAUGUAGAAAAACGUAAUCUUUUGGAUAAUUUAGAUAUUGUUAUAUUAGCUUUGGAUGAGAUAUGUGACGGAGGUAUUGUAUUAGAAUCGGAUCCCAUAUCAGUGGUCCAACGCGUGGCUCUAAAACCCGAUGACAUUCCUUUAGGCGAACAAACUGUAGCUCAAGUGCUUCAGUCAGCCCGGGAACAGCUUAAAUGGUCACUUCUUAGAUAGAUAUUCAUAUAAUAUCAAUGUUUUAU